CUUUGAAACUGUAAACCCUAAAACUGAUUCCUCCCUUCAACCCAAGAAAACCAUCGCAGGGCAUAAUUUCAAACGCCAUAAGCUUCAAAUUCAAGAACGAAGUUCGGGUUUUCUGUAUAAAGAAAAGGAGCAUCAAGGUUAGGCAGUCAAGAAAUCGAUCAAGGAUAAACAGGAGCUCGAAAUUGAAGACUACACAACCUCGAGUAACAGAUACUUCCUAAGGGAAAGAGAUGACUUGGUGUCCUCAUUGUGCAAAAAACAGUGAGACACAUCGUGAUUAUACCACAGGAAGCGUAUGUUGUGUUGAUUGUGGGAAAGUAGUAUCUCAAGAUCUAUACACAGAAGAUGUCACUUUUGUUAAAGAUGCAGGAGGAGGGGCUCAUCUUGCAGGAAACCUUGUCAAAAUGGGAAGUGCUUGUUCAGAGUCACACAGAAGAACCUUGGAGAAAGGGAAUGUGAUAAUAUAUGAGCUGAUAGACAAAUAUGGGAUUAGCAAUGUCACACAUGCCACCAAAUAUUAUGAGAUAGCUGUUGAACGUGGUUUUACAAGAGGGCGUAGAACAAAUCAAGUUGCAGCUGCUUGCCUUUAUGUUGCCUGUAGGGAAAAAGAGAAACCAUUUCUGCUUAUUGAAUUUUCCAGUGAAUUGGGUGUUAGUGUGUAUGAAUUGGGAACUGUUUAUUUACUACUUUGCAAAUUGUUAAGCCUCCAAGAUCAUCCUUUUGUUCAAAAACCAGUUGACCCUAGUCUUUUUAUGCAUAGAUAUACAAGUGGACUAAUUAAAGGAGAUGGAAGUAAGCAAGUUUUGAACACUGCAUUACACCUUGCAGUUAGCAUGAAAAGAGACUGGAUUCAGACAGGGAGAAAACCUAGUGGGAUAUGUGCAGCAGCUAUAUACGUGUCUUCUGUAUUACAUGGGCAUAAUUUUUCAAGAGCAGAUGUUGUUAAAACUGUGCAUAUAUGUGAAGCAACAUUGCAAAAGCGAUUGAUUGAGUUUGAAAAUACAGAAGCUGGGAGUUUAUCUAUUGAUGAGUUUACUAAUAAAGCAAAGGAGUAUGAGAAGGAAAUGCAAUCAUGCAAACAGAGUUCUAAGGAGUUAAAGAUGCCUGGAUUGACAGAAGUUGUUUGUCAGCAUAAAAGCAAUGCAGUUCAAUCAGGUUUUGGGCUUUGUAAAGAUUGUUAUUUGGAGUUUUGUGGUGGACUUUAUGGUUCAGAGCCUCCAGCUUUUCAAAGGGCAGAAAUGGAAAGAUUAGCUAAUAAUCAAUCUGUGGAUGAAAAUGAUAAAGGCUCCUUAACAGAGGAGGCCCAAUGUGCUUCUCCCAGCCUUGGAAAAGUGGAGAAUGUUGGAGACACUCAAGAGACUUCUGAAAGCCAAAAAGAUGAUCCUGCCCCUGCUGCUUCUGUUGAUGAAACAGAUACCCUUUCUGAUAUUGAUGAUUCUGAGGUGAGCUGCUACCUUAACAAUGAGGAAGAAAGCCGGUUUAAGAAGAUAAUAUGGGAACAGAUGAACAAAGAGUACAUGCAGGAGCAAGCUGCUAAAGAAGCUGCAGCUGCAGCUGCACGUAAGCUUUAUACAGGAACUUCAGAGGAAAUUCGGGAAGCACAAGUACUUGCUGCUGCUGCAGCUGAAGCUGUUGCUAGCAAAAGAGAGAAAGACAAAAAAAGACGAGCAUUGGAAGCUAAGAAUGCUAAGCCUGCCCAAUCUGCUGCAGAAGCUGCUAGUCAACUUUUCACCAAGAAGAAGCUAAGUUCAAAAAUCAAUUAUGAUGCAAUGAAUAGUCUCUUUGAUGAUGAGCCGAGUCCAAAAAAGAAGCGUGUUGAGGAUGAGGAGGAUGGGAAGGGGGAAGAAUUAGGGAAGGGAGAUGAUGGGGAGGGAGAAGAAGAUAAUAAUGAUGAAUGGAAUUAUGAACAGGAAAUGAGUGGUUAUGAGUAUGAUUAUGAUGGUAAUGAGUAUAAUGAUGAAGAGUAUUGAUCAUAACAUCAAUUACUUGAGCUAUACAAGUU